AUGCCUCAGCAUAAGUCAUCCCGUCAUGCUGCUAAUCGAAGAUACUAUGAAAGAAAUCGAGAACGAAUUCUCCAACUUCGUCGAGCUUCUCGCAUUGAAACUCGCGCUCGACUAGAAUACCUUGAAAGUAUUAGGGUUUCUUGUUUUCAAACUCACA